AACAUAUAUCUAUAAAAACUUUUCAGAAAAUUCUAUUUCAAAAUGUAAGUUGUACACUAACUUUGCACAAUGUCUGUGCGAAUCAAGUGCGAGGAGGUGUUGCUAGUCGACCCCAAGGCGGAGGUUGUCGACUUCGACGAGGAGAACACUGGUGUCGACGUCCCGACCGAGUUUAUCGAGUUCCCGGAUACUAUUGAAGUUAGUGGAGAAGUGGAAGAAAAGGAAGAUGUUAUUUUAGAUAAGCUACCUCGGCCAGUAAGCGCGUUGAAUUGCCGUCAGGCCCGAUCCUACCUAGUCAAACUACUCAGAAUUUCAAACGGAGGUCAAAAUCCCCAGUAUGGUAAUCCAGCCUCUAAACCUCCGUUCUGGCCGGACUUCUACUGGCCCUGGGAGAGGCUGACGGAUGUACACACAAAGCCGAGGGGGAUGGAGGAGCCGCUGCUCUACUCAGAGAUGAUGAAACUAGCGAUAGAACGAGGUUAUAAGUAUUACGGAUAUGAUCCUGAAACCUACUGGGAUAGGAAGGUGGAGGAGAGUGAACCUAUUUGCAUAUAG